AUCUCAUCCCGUUCAGAGAGAGAGAGUGAGAGAGGCAGACUGACGGAGAGAAAGAAUGCUGAACUCUAAACUUCUCCAAACUGUUAACUCAUCCCAUCAUGGAAGUUCUUCAUCGUCUGUUUUUCUCUUGAACAAAUCCUCCUUCCUGUCAUCACCAUCUCAUCAUGGAAGUUCUUCAUCUAUUCCACUUAGACCAUGGUCGAUUUAUGGUCGUAAAAUUAGUGGGGGUCGUCUUAAAACCAUGUCAAAUAACAUCAGAGCUUCGGCUGAAAUAUCCACGACAACAUCCACAGAGAAGUUUGUUAAGGUGAAGGGAAUAGUAACCACAAGACUAACUAUUGCUGGGGCUUUGUCGCAUCUUGGGCUUAAUCGAGCUCUUGAUGAUCUUACUGAUUUAGCUAAAAGAACUUUGCUCAUCGAGCUUGUGAGCUCAGAACUUGAUCCUAAGUCUGGAGAGGAGAAAGAGCCAAUUAAAGAUUUCGCACAGUGGAUUGGUCAACAAGGUGAACAAGUGAGCUACGAGUGUGAAUUUGAGGUACCGGAAGAUUUUGGAGAGAUCGGAGCUGUUCUUGUUGAGAAUCAACACCACAAGGAAAUGUUUCUCAAAGACAUAGUCUUCAACGGAUUCCCUAAUGGUCCUCUUCACAUUAAUUGUGAAUCUUGGGUUCAUUCGAAAUUCAAUAACCGGGACAAAAGGAUAUUCUUCUCUAACAAGUCAUAUUUGCCAUCAGAGACGCCUGUAGGUUUGCAAAAGCUGAGAGAAAUCGAGCUUGCCAGGUUACGUGGGGAUGGCCAAGGGGAGAGAAACCAAUACGAGAGGAUCUACGACUACGACGUUUACAAUGAUCUCGGAAAUCCGGACAAAACUGAUGAGUUGGCUCGUCCUGUCUUAGGUGGUCCUGACCAUCCCUACCCGAGACGUUGCAGAACUGGCCGGCCACCAACAAAAAAAGAUCCACGGUCAGAAUCACUUAGCAAUGACUUUUACGUGCCAAGAGACGAAGCAUUUUCAGAGGUUAAACAACUGACGUUUCAAUUUAAGACUCUGGAUUCGGUGCUGGGUGCGUUGAUACCUCAGAUAGAGACUAGACUGGUUGAUGAAAACCAGGGGUUCCCUUACUUCACAGCAAUUGAUUCUCUAUACAACGAAGGUAUCCACAUGAAAAAAGUUGCCAAAGAAGGAUGGUUUAACAAAGGACUUUUACCAAGACUUGUUAAAGCUGUCGCUAACGAAGCCAACGAGCUCUUACUCUUCGAAACUCCGGAGUUGCUAGACAGAGACAAAUUUGCUUGGUUGAAAGACGAAGAAUUCUCUCGGCAGACUCUUGCCGGACUCAAUCCUUGCAGUAUUCAGUUAGUCAAGGAUUGGCCAUUAAAAAGUGAACUAGACCCAGAGAUAUAUGCACCACAAGACUCAUUGAUCACAACUGAACUCGUUGAGCGUCAAAUCCGAGGAAUCAUGACCGUUCAGGAGGCAAUGAAGAAAAAGAGACUGUUUAAGUUAGACUAUCAUGAUCUGUUUUUGCCAUAUGUGAACAAGGUGAGAGAACUCCCAGGAACCACAUUAUAUGGGUCAAGAACUCUAUUUUUCCUGGAUGAGGAUGGCACAUUGAAACCUAUAGCCAUCGAACUGACUAGACCAAGAAAUGGAGACAAACCCUAUUGGAGGGAGGUCUUCACACCGAGCAGAUGCAAUGCUACUAGUUGUUGGUUAUGGAAACUGGCUAAAGCACAUGUCACUUCUCAUGAUUCUGGAUAUCACCAACUUUACAGUCACUGGUUACGAACUCAUUGUGCUACAGAGCCUUACAUAAUUGCAGCAAAUAGACGGCUAAGCGGGAUGCAUCCAAUAUAUAGACUGUUAUUCCCUCAUUUUCGAUACACCAUGGAAAUCAAUGCGCUUGCUCGGCAAAAACUUAUCAAUGCAGCUGGGAUCAUUGAGAGUGCCUUCUCUCCUGGUAAGUACAGCAUAGACAUGAGCUCCGCUAUUUACGGUAAGGAAUGGCGAUUUGACCAGGAGGCUCUGCCAGCUGACCUGAUAAGAAGGGGUUUAGCAGUUGAGGAUCCAACAGCUGAUCAUGGUCUAAAAUUGAUUAUCGAAGACUACCCAUAUGCAAAUGAUGGUCUGGUCCUAUACGACGCCUUAAAAGAGUGGGUCAGCUUCUACGUGAACCACUACUACCCCAAACUCGAAGAUGUUGAAUCGGAUACUGAACUUCAAGCAUGGUGGACAGAAGUCCGAACCAAAGGCCACGAAGAUAAGAAAGAUGAACCAUGGUGGCCAGUUCUUAAAAAUCAAGAUGACCUUAUCGGCAUCUUGACAACAAUAAUGUGGGUGACAUCCGGUCAACAUGCAGCCGUCAACUUUGGACAGUACCACUAUGCGGGUUAUAUCCCGAACAGACCCACAACUGCGAGAACAAAUAUGCCCGUCGAAGAUCCGACUGACGAGGAAUACAAGAGUUUCUUGACAAGGCCCGAGUCUACAUUGUUGGACUGUUUUCCUACACAAGUUCAAGCAACCACAGUGAUGGCAGUUUUGGAUGUGUUAUCCAACCACUCGCCAGAUGAAGAGUACAUAGGUGGUGAGUUGGAACCAGCGUGGGCCGAAGAUCCCCAAAUUAAGGCAGCCUUUGAACGAUUUCAAGGGGAUCUGAAAAAACUAGAAGGAAUAAUUGAUGGUAGAAAUGCGGAUUUUAAUUUGAAGAAUAGAGCUGGAGCAGGAGUUGUUCCAUAUGAACUAUUGAAACCCUAUUCUGAACAUGGGGUUACAGGGAUGGGUGUACCUAAUAGCAUCUCUAUCUAAAUGGCAAAUCCUGUUGCAACUUUUUAAUGGAAGUUAACGGAAUAAUCACUUCCCCUUGCUAAGUUUUUUUCUUUUUUUUUUUUUGUGUGAUCAAUAAAAAGUUUGGUGCUGAGAGAACUAUGAAUGUUAUUGAAUAAAACGUUAACGAUACAAGAG